UGGUGAUCAUACAUUUUAUUCAACAACGCAGCUCCAUGCAAGUGCUUCGGAAUCCGAUCCUACACCAGUCAGCAAUUGGAACCAAUGGGUCGGAUUUAGAGUGCAAUGUGACAGUGAAGUUGAUUAAACUGAAUAGGUGCGUCAUGCUUGAUCAUCAAUGAAGAAAACACAUCAUGGCAAUCAUAGGUUCGUCGUGCAUGGUCAUCGAUGAAAGAAAUCGAACAUCGCCAUCAUAGAUAGGUGCGUCAUGCAUGAUGUCCAUCGUGAAGACAACAAAGCCUGACAAUCAUUGAUGAAGAAAGCUAAAAACCUUGAACUGCGCUCCACUUAUGGCCAAAGUAAUUUCCAGACAACGAUAACAGGUGGAAUACAUUAAAUCUCAUAUCUUCUCUACAAUUCAGGUGCACUGAGUACGCGACUCAAAAACCUGAAGUCAAUUAUUCACAACAUUCCAAUUUCUACUCCCCCUGCCAUCCCGACAAUCAUAGUGAAAUAAAAGCGACAGAACAAAACCAUAAUCGAUAUACGAUUGCUAUGACUUCCAGGCAACGAACAGGCGAGGUGGCCACAACCAGCGGCCAAGUUCACCGCAAGCGUGGUAGCUCCAUGAUCUCCAACUUGAUGCAGAAAUGGUCGCACCCAAUCGAUCCACUUCGAGCCACCAGGAAGAGAGCGAGAUUCGAAGCAGUAUUUCCAAUAGUCUUAAAAAUAAAAAUAAAACACAAUGGAAAAUGGCUCAUUUGGUCGAGAAGCCUGUCCGCCGCGUCAAGGCAGAGCCAUGUUGGACAGGAAAAUGCAAGACCAGUAACAAGCAAAGCUCGUUUCAGUCGUAGAAAACAGACAUGAAAAUAACACGCAGGUGAGUACUUUACCUUCCGGUACGUCCGUCUUGUCACCCCAUCACACACACCCGCCACGAAACCAAUCACAAGCUGUCGCAGCAGUGCCACAAUUUGCCGAAAACCACUUUGGUGCUCCUCGAAAAUACAAACGAUCGAUGCCGCAUGUGACAGUGUAUCCCAUAUGCCCCUUGCUGAGUUCACAGAGCUUGUUGUGCACUGAGGUCUUUCCCGAGUAAGGCUUUUGACUCUGCGAUCCGUUUGUGGGGCUGUGUACUGCCGAUGACUCGGACGUGGUCGCUACGUCGCCGUGCGUUCUGUUGCUGAUGCGUUGGCCUCACCAAUAUUGUUCAUAGAUACUCCACUUGUCCGUCGCAAUGCCUCGUAGCCAUCGGGGGAAUUCACGCCGACUUCGCAGUGCUCAUUUUGUACUGAGGUGUUUCCCGCGGAAGCGCAUUCGACUCUGAUCGUUUGUGGGGCUGCACAGUGCCAAUGACUCCGACCUCGUUGCUACGUCGCCGUACGUUAUGUUGAUGAUGCGCUCGCCUUGUCAACAUUGCCGAUCGAAUCUCCGCUUGUCCGUCAUUAUGCCUGGUACCAGCAGGGGAGGACGGAGGCUGCAGUCCUUUUAGGGCGAGCGUAUGCGGCUGCCUCAAUCGCUACGUCGCCUUGUUUUCUCAUGAUGAUGAUGCGGUAGUUCUUGUCCAUGCUUUCAACCAUAAUUUCCGUGCACACGCCACUUCGCAGUCUUGCUUUGCUCCAUGUGUGGAAAGAGUUGCGGAUGCAGCUGUUGCCUUGGAUGGGUGGCUAUCUCGGAGGUGGCUAAUUCUGACUCGAUGGUGAUUGAUGCUUCGUCGACCGUUGUUGCACAGCUUGCGAAUGUUCCGACGUAAAUUUGUUUCGCUAGCGGUAAAAUGGCCAGUGGUCCUUGUGUUCACGCGUAUGAUUCCUUUCGUAGGUCUUCAAGCGGCAACUAGUUGGGGUGUAAUUUGACCGGGCAUUGCAUCAUUUCCGAAUAGUUGUGAUCAACGAAUCCAAUUCGACCAGCAAGCUCUCCAAAAUGACGAGCAGUUGAAAUUUCGCGAUUGAAGCGGUGAUUGAUAGCGCAGGAAGUAGAUGAAGGGGUACAUCCAAAUGUGGAAAGUUGUAGCGUGUCUCAGCAGCAGUGGCGCCAGCGAAUCCAACCAAGUGGACCUAGGAUCAAACGAACCGGGACAUGCGUACGGAAAGAAAAAAAGCGACGAGGCUAAUGCCGGGGUGUUCCGAAAAGACUUGACGAGAAAGGGUGUGGGUGAUGGGGGACGGUGACCGGAGCGCCUAAGGGGAAAGCAAUCGCAGCAAGACAGCAAAU